GGCUCUGUUUGACUACAAGAAGUCCAAGGACAGUGGGCUCCCCAGCCUGGGCCUCAGCUUCCAGUAUGGAGAUAUUCUUCAUGUCAUCAAUGCCUCAGAUGAUGAGUGGUGGCAGGCCCGUCGUGUGACCGCCUAUGGAGAUAGUGAGGAGAUGGGUGUCAUUCCCAGCAAAAGAAGAGUGGAAAGGAAAGAACGCGCCCGACUGAAGACAGUGAAAUUUAAUGCCAAACCAGGCUCAUCUGAUUCAAAAGGGUCACUCACUGACAAGCAUAAAAAGAAUUUCAUCUUUACUCGAAAGUCCCCAUUCUUCAGGAACAGAGAUGGUGAGCAUGAUGGCAGUGAUCUGCAGCAUACCACAAGGCCGAGGAGGAGCUUGGAAGUCGAUGGGCAAGACUACCACUUUGUAAUGUCUAGAGAACAGAUGGAAAAAGACAUCCAGGAGCACAAGUUCAUUGAGGCGGGACAAUACAAUGAUAAUUUGUAUGGAACAAGUCUGCAGUCUGUGAAAUAUGUAGCUGAGAGGGGUAAACACUGUGUUCUGGAUGUGUCAGGAAAUGCCAUCAAACGUCUCCAGUUAGCACAACUCUAUCCCAUUGCCAUCUUGAUAAAACCAAAGUCUGUUGAUUCAUUAAUGAGUAUAAAUAGGAGACUGACAGAAGAGCAAGCAAAAAAGAUGUUUGACAAAGCUCUGAAGCUGGAGCAGGAGUUYGGUGAAUUUUUUACAGCCCUGGUUCAGGGAGACACCUCAGAAGAUGUCUAUAAUCAAUGCAAGCAAGUCAUCGAGGAAAAUUCAGGACCGUWCAUCUGGAUCCCGUCAAAGGAGAAACUUUGAUUCUUCAUCCAGGAAGGGAAUGUGGACUGCUAGGAACUAAUAAUUGACUGUAACACAAGUGUGUUUGGAAUAUUUCUUUAUUUGCUUAGAAUACAGGAGAUUGCAAAAGUUUGGUAUUCCAUCUUUUUCCUGUUUGAAAGUAAACUUUUCAUAGAACCAGCUUUUCAGUAGUACCUUCAGGUCUGUCUAACCUAAAGGUUGGAGGUUCUGUCCACUCUUUAAGUCCAAACUGCUCCAGCUGCUUCAGGUUUGGAUGACUUCUGCUUGAAUUCAGUCAUAAAAUCUAACAUGAUUCUUAUUUGGACUGAGGUUCAGAUUUUGAYUGGACCAUUCCAGGACAGCCGGUGCUCUGUAAACCAGUGGAGUUCAGCAAAUUGUUCAGAGUCAUUGUCCUACUGGAGGGUCAUCCUGUCCCAUUCCCAGAAUACUCUGAAAUUCUCUGUAUUUUGAUCCAGCCACCUUCAAAGAAAAACUCUGAUCAGUUUUCUAGUCCCUGCUGAUUUAAAAAAAAACAUUCCCAAGCAUGAUGGUGCCACCAAAAUGCUUCAUUGUAAGGUUAGUGUUUAUUACAAUUUAUUAUUAUUUAUUAUGUAACUUCUAAAGGUAUUGGUUGGGGAUCCAAAGCACAAGCGGUGAAUGCA